AUGGCGGAGGAGAAGACCUUCCGUUACGGGUUCAUCAUCUUGGGUUUCUUCCUGGUGAUGACGGGAAUUUUCAUCAUGAGUGUGGAAAAGCCCCACAUCUAUAUCACCUUCUGCGUCCUGGGUGUGCUGCUCAUAGCCGUGGGCAUCACCUGGAGCAUGUGCCAGUGCUACCCAAAGAUAACGUUCAUUCCUGUGGACCCUGAGGCUGAGCGGUUCCUGGACUACAAACCCACAGUGCUGCCACAGAAGGACAUCUGCUUGAUUGCUCCCUGCCCCAACCAAGACGCCACCAGCACCUACGAGAAGAGUCUGCCAUCCUAUGAGCAGAUCCAGAGGCAGGCAGUGGGCUCAACCCCACUGCCACCUGCAGCACAGCCCAGAUCCCGCAGCUGCUCCCAGUCAGCUGUGCAGGCCAAAGCAGAGGUCCACCGGGAACUGGGGGGUGCUGGAGACCCCCCACAAGACCUGGCACCUCGUCUGGAAACAGCGGCAGGCAGCUGCCCUCCUCAUCCGGCCCCUGGGGAUGCGCCACUGGCAUCCCUCCUAGACGAGAUGGACACGCCAUCGCUGGAGGGCUCCAUGCCCGGGACCCCCACGCCACAGAGCCGGACCCUGCCAUCCUCUGGUCACUCCAGCUGCACCCCAACCAGCUCCCCAGUGAGGGGACAGCGCUCCAGAUCCCCCCGCAAAGGCACUGGGGAGCAGGAUGACCUUUAUUAUGGGCUCCAAGAGGAGCCAGAUGCUCUGCUCAAGGACAGCGACUGCCUUUUUGAGCCUGAAAACUGA